AUGAAAGCAAUCAGGUGUAAAUCAAAGAAACAGGCCCAGGCAUGCAGUCACGUCAUGGUUCGAAAAGGCUAUUUGGUGCUCCUCUUGGUUUUGGUAGCCAAAGAAACCAAUGUUUCGAGCAAAAAGGUUUCCAGUCUGGAGCCCAGAAGCUUGAACCAAUCACAGAAAUUUGAGUACUGCGUCAAGAUUCUUAUGUUGUGCCACCUCAUCUGGGAUUCGCCGCCCGACUACGAGGAUUUUGACAACGUGAACGAGGAUUCAAUGAAGUAUGCUCACGAUAACAGUCACUUCAAGGAUGAUUACAAGAAGGCCAAAUGCAUACCUCCGGGCCUCAGUAAAAAAGAUCUAUUAGAGUUUUGGGUAGCUGUGGCCGAGUGGGAGAUGGAGGUGAGGAACCUUUUCCUCGUCGAGAAAUUCCUGCCCAUCAUCAAGGAGUCCGACAACGCCAUUACGAUCAAUCUGUGGGGGUUGCUCCACCUCCGAAAGUCAGUAAUGUGCUAUCGAAAAUUGGACCCCAAAGCGACACCGACACCGACACCGACACCGACUCCAACACCAACAAGACAACCCACAACACAACUGACGACGACAUCCAAUGAAAUUUCAUCAACAUUGGCUUACCCUUCGACUUCCAGUUGCGAUGGGAAUACCGAAAUCGGAAUAUGGAUUAAUCAGCAGAUCAAUGGAAGUCUAGCUCUGGAUAAACUAAUCAAGAAAAUGUUGAUAAUUGUGGGUAAGAUCGAGCGUCACAUACAUAGAAAAUGCUGUCCCUACGAGCCCAUCCGCGAUCGGGUGGAAGUAGUCCACGAUGGCAUCGAUUUCUUGCUGCAAUUAAACGGUAUAGAGCCCUACAAGAGAGCGCAGUCCACGGGCUAUAUCGGCUCCGACUUUGAUAAUCUAAAGACGAGAUUGGAGUACCUGAGCCUUGCGCUAGCCAAGGGAGCAGCAAAGGGAAAUCGUUCCGUAGGAAAGUGCUGCCCCGCCUGGUCUGACCAAUAUAAUACUUUCCAAGUUGAGAUGGAAGAUAAUUUGGAAAAGCUUGAAGCAAAUAGCUCCGAUCUGACGGCAUAUUUGACAAACUUGAUCGACAAGCAAGAGGCCUUGGAGAUGGAUAGGUCAGAUCAAGUGAAGCUUUUGCAAAGUCUAGACGCUUUGCAUGGCAGUCCAGCUUCUGAGAGCACAGAAAGGUGUUGUCCGAAUCAGAAAAAAGAUAUGGAAAAUAUAGAAAAGAUAAUGAAAGACUUGAAAUUAAGUGACGGCCUGCCAGAGUCAAUCGAGACAGCUGACUCUCUUCAGGAUAAAUUGACUAAAGCGAACGCAAAUCUAAUAAGUGCGAAAGGCUUGCUGAACGAUGAGGAGGCAAAUAUCCGAAAAAUGGCUUCUUUGUGCGGAGAGUUUUGUCCAAGUCAGAAGAAAGGAAAUAUCGACGAUCAAUCGGCAAAAGUAAGCCAACUAGAAGAACAAAUGAAGGAAAUUAAUGAUAAAGCACCAGAGAUAAUUGAACUUUUAAAGUCACCAAAUUGGCCAGAACAUCUGAAAGCUAUAGAAACGGUAAGGCAAAAAGUCAAAGAUUUUAUGACCAAGCAGAGACAGGAUGAUGUGAACCAGCAAUUGGCCAUGGUUCCUGAAGAGCCAUCGGAGUCAGUAAAAAAGAUGACCCACAGCUUGGAAGCGCUGGAGGCGAAGCUGAGUGAACUCCGUCCCAAGAACCAGACCUACGAACAGCUCCUGUUAGACAGCAUCGGAGGACUGGAGCAACGUCUGCGAGAUCGUCUGAGUGGCCUAAACGCAAUGAUAACUAAGACCGAAGCGGAUGCAGAUAAAUGUAACUCUAAAUGCGACUGGGGGAAUCUGCCGCCCAUGGAGGAACUCCAGGAAAGGGUCAAGGAAAUGGAGGCAUUGGUUGUUACAAAGUAGCAUCGUUCGGAAAGACGUAGAUAAGAAAGCCAUACCAAAAAACUGUUGUCCUACUUUGAAAUAAAUCUAUC